AUGUCUUCCCUCGCCUUUGUCACCGGCGCAACGGGCUUCAUCGGCUCUCAGGUUGUCGCAUCGGCCCUCAGAGACGGCUACAAUGUGCGAGUGAGCGUCCGCAAGCCAGAGCAGAUUGACACUCUCAAGGGCAUCUUUCACGACGACGCCUCAAGGCUUCAGUUUGUUGUGGUGCCUGACAUUGCAGUGGCUGGGGCAUUCGACAAAGCUCUGGACGGCGUGAAAGUCGUCUUCCAUCUGGCAUCACCUAUGCCUGGCAAGGGAGCAGACCUGCAGAAGGACUACCUCGAGCCAGCACGCAAUGGAACACUGUCGAUCCUGGAGAGUGCCAAGAAGGUGGGCAGCAUCGAGAAGGUGAUUGUCAUGUCUUCGAUUCUGGGCAUUGGCCCCGUGGAUCUGUUUUCCAACACAGACCAGUUUGUUGCAGCAAACACCGGCAAGAGACACGAAAUCGACCUCGACAAGGUCUUCCCCGGCGGCAAGGGCGAAAACGGCAGCAUGUACGUGGCCUCCAAGAUUGUCGCCCACCAGGCGUCGCUGGACUGGGCCGUGGAGCACAAGCCGGCCUUUCAGCUCAUCACCGUCCACCCGACCUUUGUGCUGGGCCCCAGCCUGAUCCGCAAGACGGCCACAGACCUGGACGGCAUCAACGCCUGGUUCUGGCAGUCGCUGCAGCUGCCGGCGCCGCUGUUCCCGGCGGUGAUUGUCGACGUGCGAGACGUGGCCGAUCUGUGCCUCAAGGCCGCUGCCGUGGAUGUGAAGCCGGGCGAGGCUGAGCUGGUGGCCUCGGGGGCGCCGACGAGCUGGAGGGAGAUUGGCGAGUGGGUGAGGGCCAAGUAUCCGCAGCUGGAGACGAGGCUGGAGGAGGAUGGGCCGACGCCGUUUAGGGUUGAGAAUGAUGUGCUGGGGGUGCGGUGGCGGCCGCUGGGGGAGACGCUGGGCGGGCUGAUAGACCAGCAGCUGGCGCUACAAAAGGGCAGCGCUUAG